CAGAACUUCUGUCGCAACGAGUACAACCUGACGGGGCUGUGCAACCGCUCGUCCUGCCCGCUGGCCAACAGCCAGUACGCCACCAUCCGCGAGGAGAAAGGUCGGUGUUACCUGUACAUGAAGACGAUCGAGCGGGCGGCGUUUCCCCGGCGCCUCUGGGAGCGGGUCCUGCUAAACAAGAACUACGAGAAGGCUCUGGAGCAGAUCGACGAGAACCUCAUCUACUGGCCGCGGUUCAUCCGGCACAAGUGCAAGCAGAGGUUCACCAAGAUCACGCAGUACCUGAUCCGCAUCCGCAAGCUGACCCUCAAGAGACAGAGGAAGCUCGUCCCGCUGCGCAGGAAGAUUGAGAGGCGGGAGAAGAGGCGAGAGGAAAAAGCCCUGAUUGCUGCUCAGCUGGAUAAUGCCAUCGAGAAGGAACUGCUGGAGAGACUGAAGCAGGACACAUAUGGAGAUAUUUACAACUUCCCCAUCCACGCCUUUGACAAAGCCCUACAACAGCAAGGGGCAGAGAGCGAGAGCGAGUCGGAGGCAGAGCAGGAAGAGGAGGAGGAGGAUGAGGAUGUGGGUACAAGGGAGUUUGUGGAAGCAGAGGAGAGCGAGCUCAGUGACUUUGAGGACAUGGAUAAGUUGGAGACAAGUAGUGAAGAGGAGCAGGAAGAGGAGGAAGAAGUAGAGAAGAAAGCCUCUCACUCCAAAUCUAAAGGGAAAACGCCCCUGAAAGGACCAGCCAGGAGAAAACGUCCCUACAUUGAAAUAGAGUAUGAAGAAGAAACAGAGCCAACCACCAAAACAAAAGCAGCCUGAGGCCUCCCUGAUCCCAUUUUGUACUGACUGACAGGACUCCAGAUCUGUCACCAGCUUUCACCACUGUGCAAGACCUUCAAUAACUCCUUGUUUUAUACUCUAGAUGAAAAAUUUUCUCUAAGAAAAGCAGGGUUUCUGUCCCAACCCCAGGCAAUGGCAGCAAGUUUGUACAACUGGAUGAAGCACAGCUGUAAGGAAGAAGAUCCCCCACCUUCUCUACAGCCACAAAAAGCUCAGCUUGGACUGUGCUCCAUGAAAGGACCUGGCCUGGGGGGCACUGCUGCUUUGGGCCGUGGCUGGAGAAGCACA